AGAAAAAUCUUGGCUCAGUAGACUCAGGUGUUUUUGUGGUCCGCCUGACCCUGGAGAGUCGACCCGGCCAUGUUCAACUUUCCAGGGCAGGGCCCUGGGGGGAUGCCCAACCCCCACAGCUUAGCCAUCAACCCCUUCGCGUUGCCACCUGGCAUGCCUGGAAUGCAGCAACAGCAGCAGCAACAGCAGCAAAUGGCACAGGCUGCUGCUCGGCUGCCCCAGCAACCGCCGCCCGCGCCAGAGCCUCCUAAGCCUGCACCCUCCAACAAAACCCAGGAGGAGUUGCUGGAUGAGAAGGCACGAAAGUGGCAGUCCUUGAACGCCAAACGCUAUGGCGAGAAACGAAAGUUUGGCGUGGUGGAGCAGCAGAAGGAGGAGAUGCCACCAGAGCAUAUCCGAAAGAUCAUCAAGGACCAUGGAGAUAUGACAGCGCGUAAGUUCCGCCACGACAAGCGUAUCUAUCUCGGAGCCUUGAAAUACUUGCCCCAUGCGGUCUACAAGCUGUUGGAAAACACCCCGGUGCCCUGGCAGCAGAUCCGGAACUGCCGCACCGUGUACCAUUGCAGUGGAGCCAUCACCUUCUGUGCGGAGCUGCAGAAGGUCAUCGAGCCGGUCUUCCUGGCCCAGUGGGGUACCAUGUGGAUCAUGAUGCGACGUGAGAAGCGCGACCGACGGCACUUCAAGCGCAUGCGCUUCCCGCCCUUCGAUGACGAGGAGCCGCCGCUGGACUACGGUGACAACGUGCUGGACGUGGAGCCCUUGGAAGCCAUCCAAAUGAGGCUGGAUCCUGUGGAAGAUGAGCCCGUGCUGGAAUGGUUCUAUGAUCCUGUGCCCUUGUUGAACUCGAAGCACGUGAACGGCACCAGCUACAGGAAGUGGCAUUUGUCAUUGGCGCAGCAGGGUGUGCUGUACCGGUUGUCCAAUCAGCUGUUGUCAGAUCUGAUGGACAAGAACUACUUCUACCUCUUCGAAAGGAAGUCCUUCUACACUGCCAAGGCUUUGAACAUGGCCAUCCCAGGUGGGCCCAAGUUCGAACCGCUCUACCGCGACAUGUACGAUGAGGACGAGGAUUGGAACGAGUUCAAUGAUAUCAACAAGAUCAUUGUCCGUCAGCAGCUCCGCACAGAGUACCGUAUCGCUUUCCCCUUCCUCUACAACUCGCGGCCGCGCAAGGUGGCCAUGGCACCCUACCAUCAUCAGUCCGUGUGCUACAUCAAAGCCGAUGACCCCGAUCUGCCAGCCUUCUACUACGAUCCUAUCAUCAAUCCUUUGCCUGCGUACCGCGCGGUGGGACACCGCUCGCAAGAUCAGUCGACGGACGAUGACGAGGAGAUCGAGAACUUCAAGCUGCCGGAAGAUUGCAAGCCGCUCUUGGAAGACACUCCGCUCUUCACUGACAGCACGGCGAACGGCAUCACCUUGUACUGGGCUCCAAGGCCUUUCAACCUGCGGAGCGGCUACAUGCGCCGUGCACAGGAUGUGCCACUGGUGGGCCAGUGGUACAAGGAGCAUUGUCCCUCCAACUACCCAGUGAAGGUCCGCGUGUCUUACCAGAAGCUCUUGAAGGUUUGGGUUUUGAACCAGCUGCAUCAUCGCCCGCCCAAAACCUUGAACAAGCGCAACUUGAUGAACAUCUUCGCCACCACGAAGUUCUUCCAACGCACCGAGCUGGACUGGGUGGAGAUUGGUUUGCAGGUGUGUCGUCAGGGCUACAACAUGUUGAACUUGCUCAUUGCGCGAAAGAACUUGAACUUCUUGCACUUGGAUUACAACUUCAACCUGAAGCCAGUGAAGACCUUGACCACCAAGGAGCGGAAGAAGUCGCGCUUCGGCAACGCCUUCCACUUGUGUCGUGAGAUCAUGCGCUUGACCAAGUUGGUGGUGGAUUCCCACGUGCAGUUCCGUCUCGGCAACGUCGAUGCCUUCCAGCUGGCCGAUGGUCUGCAGUACAUCUUCGCCCACGUGGGACAGUUGACGGGUAUGUACCGCUACAAGUACCGCUUGAUGCGACAGGUGCGCAUGUGCAAGGACUUGAAGCAUCUCAUCUACUACCGCUUCAACACCGGUCCGGUGGGCAAGGGCCCGGGCUGCGGCUUCUGGGCGCCAGGAUGGCGUGUGUGGCUCUUCUUCCUGCGCGGUGUGGUGCCCCUGCUGGAGCGAUGGCUGGGCAACCUGUUGGCCAGGCAGUUCGAAGGUCGUGUCAGCAAAGGUGUGGCCAAGACCAUCACCAAGCAGCGCGUAGAGAGUCACUUCGACUUGGAGCUGCGAGCUGCAGUGAUGCAUGAUAUCAUUGAUAUGAUGCCUGAAGGCGUCCGUGCCAACAAGGCCAGGACGAUCCUGCAGCACUUGUCGGAGGCCUGGCGAUGUUGGAAGGCCAACAUCCCUUGGAAGGUCCCUGGCUUGCCAGCGCCAAUCGAGAACAUGAUUUUGCGCUACGUGAAGUCCAAGGCAGAUUGGUGGACCAACGCCACGUACUACAACCGAGAGCGUAUCCGCCGCGGUGCCACCGUGGACAAGACCACGUGCAAGAAGAACCUGGGACGUCUCACGCGGCUCUGGCUGAAGGCCGAGCAGGAGAGGCAGCACAAUUACUUGAAGGAUGGUCCGUACGUGAGUGGCGAAGAGGCCGUGGCCAUUUACACCACCACGGUGCACUGGCUGGAGAGCCGAAAGUUCACACCAAUCCCAUUCCCUCCGCUGAACUACAAGCAUGACACCAAGCUUCUGAUUCUGGCGCUCGAGCGUUUGAAGGAGCAGUACACGGUGCAGACCCGCUUGAACCAGCAGCAGCGAGAAGAGUUGGGACUGGUGGAGCAGGCCUACGAUAACCCUCACGAAGCGCUGAGUCGCAUCAAGCGGCACUUGCUGACCCAACGAGCCUUCAAGGAGGUCACGAUCGAAUUCCAGGACAUGUAUUCGCACCUAGUGCCCUGCUAUGAGAUUGAGCCACUGGAGAAGAUCACAGAUGCCUACUUGGAUCAGUAUUUGUGGUAUGAGGGCGACCAUCGGCAUUUGUUCCCCAACUGGGUGAAGCCUGCAGACACGGAGCCGGCGCCCUUGUUGGUCUACAAGUGGUGCCAGGGUGUGAACAACUUGACGGAUGUCUGGGAUACCUCCGACGGCCAAUGCGUCGUGGUGCUCGAGAGCAAGUUGGAAAACGUCUCGCAGAAAGUGGACCUGACCUUGCUCAAUCGACUCUUGCGACUGAUCGUGGAUCACAAUAUCGCAGACUACAUGACGGCAAAGAACAACAUUGUCAUCAACUACAAGGACAUGAAUCACACCAACUCCUAUGGCCUCAUCAAGGGUUUGCAGUUCGGGUCCUUUGUCUUCCAGUACUACACGAUGGUGCUGGAUCUGCUGAUGCUCGGCCUGACCCGCGCCUCGGAGAUCGCCGGGCCGCCGCAGCUGCCGAAUGAGUUCCUGACCUUCCAGGAUGUCGACACAGAGUUGAGACACCCCAUCAGGUUGUACUGCCGAUACUUGGAUCGCUUCAUCAUGGUCUUCCGGUUCAACAAGGAGGAUUCCAAGGACUUGAUCCAGCGGUUCCUGACUGAGAACCCUGAUCCCAACAAUGAGAACGUGGUGGGAUACACGAACAAGAUGUGCUGGCCUCGUGACUGCCGCAUGCGACGAAUGAAACACGAUGUGAACUUGGGACGCGCCGUCUUCUGGGAGAUGCAGAACCGCCUGCCGCGGAGUGUGACCACCCUGGUGUGGGACAACUCCUUCGCCUCGGUCUACUCCAAGGACAAUCCCAACAUCCUCUUCAACAUGUGCGGAUUCGAGGUGCGGAUUUUGCCCAAGAUUAGGACCUUCCAGGAGGAGUUCACUCAGCGAGAGGGCGUGUGGAAGUUGCAGAACGAUGCCACCAAGGAAAUGACAGCGCAGGCCUUCUUGAAGGUCGACAAUGAGUCGCAGAAGCAAUUUGAGAAUCGGUGUCGAACGAUCCUCAUGGCAUCAGGCUCCACGACCUUCACAAAGAUUGCGAACAAGUGGAACACGAACCUCAUCGGCAUGAUGACCUACUUCCGCGAGGCGGUGAUCCACACCGAUGCGCUGCUGGACUUGCUGGUGAAGUGCGAGAACAAGGUGCAGACUCGCAUCAAGAUCGGGCUGAAUUCCAAGAUGCCCUCACGAUUCCCGCCAGUGGUCUUCUACACUCCCAAGGAGUUGGGCGGAUUGGGCAUGCUGAGUAUGGGCCACAUCCUGAUCCCUCAGUCUGACUUGCGAUAUUCGAAGCAGACCGAGACGGGCAUCACCCACUACCGCAGUGGCUUGAGCCAUGAGGAAGAUCAGCUGAUCCCCAACCUGUACCGCUACGUGCAGACUUGGGAGGCCGAGUUCGUCGAUUCCCAGCGUGUGUGGGCGGAGUACGCCUUGAAGAGGCAAGAGGCCACGGCGCAGAACCGACGCCUCACCUUGGAGGACUUGGAGGAUGCCUGGGAUCGUGGCAUCCCGCGAAUCAACACGCUCUUCCAGAAGGACCGACACACCCUGGCCUUCGACAAGGGCUGGCGCGUGCGGCAAGAUUUCAAGCAGUACAACAUCAUGAGGCAGAAUCCCUUCUGGUGGACUCAUCAACGUCAUGAUGGCAAGCUGUGGAACCUCAACAACUACCGGACAGACAUGAUCCAAGCACUGGGAGGUGUGGAGGGUAUCCUGGAGCACACACUCUUCAAGGGCACAUACUUCCCCACCUGGGAGGGUCUCUUCUGGGAGAAGGCCAGCGGCUUCGAGGAGUCCAUGCGCUUCAAGAAGCUCACCAACGCCCAGCGCAGCGGUUUGAAUCAGAUUCCGAAUCGACGCUUCACCCUGUGGUGGUCGCCCACCAUCAACCGUGCCAACGUCUACGUGGGCUUCCAGGUGCAACUGGACCUCACGGGCAUUUUCAUGCACGGAAAGAUCCCCACGCUGAAGAUUUCCUUGAUCCAGAUCUUCAGGGCGCACUUGUGGCAGAAGAUCCAUGAGAGUAUCGUCAUGGACUUGUGCCAGGUCUUUGAUCUGGAACUGGAUGCAUUGGAGAUUGAGAUGGUGCAGAAGGAAACGAUUCACCCUCGAAAGUCCUACAAGAUGAACUCGUCGUGUGCGGAUGUCCUCCUCUUCGCUUCCUACAAGUGGGCCGUGUCCAAGCCAUCCUUGCUGACCGAGUCAAAGGACGGCUUUGAUGGAACCACCACCACGAAGUACUGGAUCGAUGUGCAGCUGAGAUGGGGAGACUACGACUCUCAUGAUAUUGAGCGAUACUGCCGAGCGAAGUUCUUGGACUACACCACCGACAACAUGUCCAUCUAUCCUUCGCCCACGGGAGUCUUGAUGGGUGUGGACUUGGCCUACAACCUGCACAGCGGCUUCGGGAACUGGUUCCCAGGCGUGAAGCCUUUGUUGCAUCGAUCGAUGAACAAGAUCAUGAAGGCCAAUCCCGCCCUCUACGUCUUGCGGGAGCGCAUCCGCAAGGGUCUUCAGCUCUACAGCAGUGAACCCACCGAGCCCUACUUGAACUCGCAGAACUACGGCGAGCUCUUCAGCUCUCAGAUCAUUUGGUUUGUCGAUGACACCAACGUGUACCGAGUGACGAUCCACAAGACCUUCGAAGGUAACCUGACCACGAAGCCGGUGAAUGGCGCCAUCUUCAUCUUCAACCCGCGCACAGGACAGCUCUUCCUGAAGAUCAUCCACACUUCUGUGUGGGCCGGUCAGAAGCGCCUUUCCCAGCUCGCCAAAUGGAAGACAGCAGAGGAGGUGGCAGCGCUGAUCCGAUCACUGCCCGUGGAAGAACAACCCAAACAAAUCAUCGUGACACGUAAGGGCAUGUUGGACCCCUUGGAGGUGCACUUGUUGGAUUUCCCCAACAUUGUCAUCAAGGGAUCCGAGCUUUCUUUGCCCUUCCAGGCGUGCAUGAAGAUUGAGAAAUUUGGCGAUCUGAUCUUAAAGGCUACCCAGCCUGAAAUGGUGCUUUUCAACCUCUACGAUGACUGGCUGAAGUCGAUUUCCUCCUACACGGCCUUCAGCCGAAUGAUCCUGAUCCUCCGCGCGCUGCACGUGAAUCCGGACCGGACCAAGGUGAUCUUGAAGCCGGACAAGACCACGGUGACGCAGCCCCACCACGUGUGGCCCAGCUUGACCGACGAUGAGUGGAUCCACGUGGAGGUGCAGCUGAAGGAUUUGAUCCUGGCGGACUACGGCAAGAAGAACAACGUGAAUGUGGCAUCUUUGACUCAGAGUGAGAUCCGUGAUAUCAUUCUUGGCAUGGAGAUUGCGCCACCCUCCAUUCAACGACAACAGAUUGCGGACUUGGAGAAGCAGGGCAAGGAGAUGUCACAGAUCACCACCAUCACCUCCAAGACCACGAACGUGCAUGGUGAGGAGAUGAUUGUGACCACAGGCUCUCCGUACGAGCAGCAAACCUUUGCUUCCCGCACCGAGUGGCGCGUCCGGGCCAUUAGCGCUUCUUCCCUGCACCUUCGAACGAACCACUUGUAUGUGAACAGUGAAGACAUUCGGGAGACUGGCUACACCUACGUGAUGCCAAAGAACAUCCUGAAGACCUUCAUUUGCAUCAGUGAUUUGCGCACACAGAUUGCAGCAUAUCUCUACGGAAUCUCGCCACCGGAUAACCCACAGGUGAAGGAGAUUCGGUGCAUGGUCAUGGUGCCACAGGUGGGAACACACAGCAACGUCACGCUGCCCCAGCAGCUGCCGGACCACGACCACUUGCGAGAUUUAGAGCCCUUGGGCUGGAUCCACACGCAACCGCAAGAGCAGCCGCAUUUGAGUCCACAGGAUGUGACCUUCCACGCGCGGAUGCUGGCGGACAACAAGACCUGGUUGGCGGACCAGACGAUCAUCAUCACCUGCAGCUUUACGCCAGGCAGCUGCUCCUUGACGGCCUACCGCAUUACGCCCCAAGGCUUCCAGUGGGGCAAGUCCAACAAGGACACCGGGCCAAACCCUGCGGGCUUCUUGCCAACACAUGCUGAGAAGGUGCAGAUGCUCUUGAGUGAUAUUUUCCUGGGUUUCUUCAUGGUGCCUGACAAUGGCAUUUGGAACUACAACUUCAUGGGCCAGAAACACAACCCAACAAUGAAGUACAGUCUUUGCGUGGAGAAUCCGCGGGAAUACUACCAUGAAUGCCACAGGCCAGCCCAUUUCUUGAAUUUCACUCAGCAAGAAGAGGGCGGCGCCGAGGGAGCAGACCACGAGGACCACUUUGUGUGAGACGUUCUUCGCGCAGCAAGCUGCGCCCAGUGCUGCAGAAGCACAGCAAGAGAAGCAAUCAUCCAAGCCCGACCCAGUCGAGAAUGGACAGAUCGGGCCGACCAUGUUUGACCCCCCAAUCUGGACAGCUCUAGUUGGUCGAAGUGGACAGAUCCAUCUCUUGCAUUCCAUUGGGCAUCUCUAAGUGCUGCGAGUUGGGCGCCGACGAGUUGUGAAGGUGCUCUUUGCACAGCGUCAGUCCUGUUUGCAGUGGCUGCCGUGAGACGGGGUGAAGCCAUCCUUAUCUCUCAUCAAGCCAGCAGAUAAUCCAAACUUUAUUUUUGAG